CAGUUAAAUCCGAAAUCAGCAAUCAGCAAAUGGGAAAACAGUAGCAACAAAUAGUUGAACAGUAUAUUAUUUGGCAAUUUAUUUUUUCAAUUUAACAAACCGUAACUCAGCUCGCCAACAGCUGUCACUUUAACUCAAUUAACGAUCAGCGAACAACGAAAACAAAUCUUCCACCUCCACCCCAUCCCUGUCUCUCUCUCCCUCUCUCUCUAUCUCUAUCAUCUCUCUCGCUCGCGUCGUGUUGUCUCGUGUGUGGAAACGUGUACGCAGAUGUUUUGAAAGUCCUCCAGUUCGGGCUGCAAGAGCAACAAGGACUGUUUGCCAUUAUAACGGCUAGCCGUGUGCUAACUCAAAGUUUAUUAUUGUGCAAACCAAAGUUGUAAACAGCAACAGCAACAACAGCAACAGCAACAACAACAAAAUUAAUACAAACAAUAAAGGGCGACAACAGACAGCAGGCCUAGACACACAGCUGUGUUACACAAAUCCAAAUCGAAGUCGAAGGAAGUGGGACCCUGUAAGCCCGUACGCAAUAUCCGUACGCUCAACAUGGCCGGCAGUAUUGAACAACGUCCGUGGACGCCGACAGUGCGCAUUGGUAGAAUUGCGGCGGAGACUACAAAUCCGGGACCAGCUAUUGUCCAGUUACCAACGCUAAUUGGCAGCAAAGUGCCGGAUUCAAAGAAGAAGGGCGCACCGUCAUAUUCCUUUGGCCACAAGUUAUGUGGCAGGGAUGAAACAACCGGACCCGGUCCGGCACAGUACAAUGUGUCGGGAAUGCGACCCAAAGGCAGAGAUCAUGCACGUGCCGCUACCCUACAGAGUCGUCCCAAGGAGUUGACACGCUUCGUGAAUCCCGGCCCGGGUGAAUACGAUGUGAUGCCGGCGGCGAAGGCUGUCAUUGAUGCCACACCCAAAUACACAUUUGGCAAGAAGCCGGCGAGCGCCAAGUUCCAGCUAAUACCAGGUCCUAACCAUUAUCAAGUGGUGCCGCUUGAUGUCAUUAAGCCGCGUGCGCCUCGUUAUUCCUUUCGCAUUAAGGUUAACGUUUACCUAGUUAACAAUCCAGCGCCAAAUAGCUAUAGUCCCGAAAAGGUUACGCAAUCGAGAAAGAAUGCGCCACGUUACACAUUCGGUAGACGAACUAAAAUCCAACACGAUCAGCAUACACCAGCUCCCGGCGCCUAUUCCCCCGAGAAGGUGAAGCUCAGCAGGACACCCGAAUUUAGUUUUGGCAUCAGACAUCAUGAGCUGCGAUCCGACUAUACGCCAGCACCUGGCUCUUAUAAGCCGGAACAAGUAGUCCUCGAGCACACGCCCGCAUAUAGUUUUGGUCUGAGGACGAAGCACACACAAGUCAACGAUUCGCCAGCACCCGGCACGUACAGUCCUGAAAAGUCUAAAUUGCAUUCGACACCCGCUUUUAGCAUCGCUGGCAAGGCGAAUCAUGAUGUGGUUGAUGCCACACCAGCGCCCGGCGCAUACGAGCCAGAGAAGUGUGUGUUGAACAAAACACCCGCCUUCAGUUUUGGGCAACGGGUGCAGUUGAGCAGGUCGCAAGAGACACCCGCACCCGGCACCUAUGAGCCGGAGAAGGUGCGCUUGGACUUUGCGCCCUCCUACACGCUGGCCGGCCGACACGAGCUGAAAUCCGUAAACCUCAGCCCGGCCCCAGGCUCGUAUGCCCCGGAAAAGUAUCGUAGCGAUCACACGCCUGCGUUUAGCUUCGCUGGUAAGCAUGAGCAUCGACUCGAUAGCUCCACUCCGGCACCGGGCGACUACUGUCCCGAAAAAGUACGGCACGAUCACAAUCCCGCUUUCUCAUUCGCCGGACGCCAUGACACACUCAAAGCCAGCGACACCCCAGCCCCAGGCGCCUAUGACACCGAAAAAGUGCGCUUAGACCACAAUCCCUCCUUCUCCUUCGCCGGCCGACACGAUCUCCACAAGCCGAGCGACACCCCGGCCCCGGGUGCAUACUGCCCCGAGAAGGUGCGACAAGACCACAAUCCCGCAUUUUCCAUGGCUGGAAAGCAUCAAGUGACGAUUACAAAUGGCACGCCAGCCCCGGGAGAUUAUUGUCCCGAAAAGACCAGGCUGGAUCAUGCACCUGCCUACACUUUUGGUGGCAGGAAUGAUCAUAAGGUGGAGAGUAAUACACCUGCUCCCGGUGAUUAUCAUCCAGAGAAUGUUCGACUAGAUCAUAAUCCAGCAUUUUCUUUCGCUGGUCGUCAUGACCUCCAAAAGCCAAGUGAAACACCUGCUCCUGGAGCAUACUCUCCUGAGAAGGUGCGUCAAGAUCACAAUCCAGCAUUCACAAUGGCUGGCAAGCAUGAUACGAAGAUCACAAGUGAAACUCCUGCACCCGGUGAUUAUCACCCAGAAAAGGUGAGGCAAGAUCACAAUCCUGCAUUUUCUUUCGCUGGUCGGCAUGACCUCCAAAAGCCAAGUGAAACUCCUGCACCUGGAGAUUAUAGCCCUGAGAAGACUCGAUUGGAUCACACUCCCGCUUACACAUUUGGCGGCAGGAAUGAUCCCAAAGUUGAGAACAAUACACCUGCGCCCGGUGAUUAUUACCCUGAAAAAGUCAGACAAGAUCACAAUCCGGCUUUCACAAUGGCUGGCAAGCACGAUCCAAAGAUCACAAAUGGCACACCAGCACCGGGAGAUUAUUCUCCUGAAAAAUCCCGAUUGGAUCAUACUCCUGCCUACACCUUUGGUGGCAGGAAUGAUCCCAAAGUUGAAAAUCAUACACCUGCUCCUGGUGAUUAUCAUCCAGAGAAUGUUCGACUAGAUCAUAAUCCAGCAUUUUCUUUCGCUGGUCGUCAUGACCUCCAAAAGCCAAGUGAAACACCUGCUCCUGGAGCAUACUCUCCUGAGAAGGUUCGCCAAGAUCACAAUCCAGCAUUUUCAAUGGCUGGCAAACACAAUCCAAAGAUCUCAAAUGAUAACCCAGCACCUGGAGAUUACUGUCCCGAGAAGACUAGGUUAGAUCACACUCCCGCUUAUUCCUUUGGUGGUAGAAAUGACCCGAAAGUGGAGCAUAAUACACCUGCUCCCGGUGAUUAUCACCCCGAAAAGGUCAGACAGGAUCACAAUCCCGCUUUCUCCUUUGCUGGUCGCCACGAUCUUCAUAAGCCGAGUGAGACUCCAGCUCCUGGAGCCUAUUCGCCUGAGAAAGUACGCCAAGAUCACAAUCCCGCAUUCACAAUGGCUGGCAAACAUGAUCCCAAAAUUCCAAGCGAUACUCCAGCUCCUGGAGAUUAUAGUCCAGAGAAGACUCGAUUGGAUCACACUCCCGCUUACACAUUUGGUGGAAGGAAUGAUCCCAAAGUUGAGAAUAAUACACCAGCGCCCGGUGAUUAUUACCCUGAAAAAGUUCGCCAGGAUCACAAUCCGGCAUUCACAAUGGCUGGCAAGCACGAUCCAAAGAUCACAAAUGGGACACCAGCUCCGGGAGAUUACUCGCCUGAAAAAUCCCGAUUGGAUCAUACUCCUGCCUACACCUUUGGUGGCAGGAAUGAUCCCAAAGUUGAAAGUCAUACACCUGCUCCUGGUGAUUAUCACCCAGAAAAGGUGAGGCAAGAUCACAAUCCCGCCUUCUCAUUUGCCGGUCGCCAUGACCUCCAAAAGCCAAGUGAAACACCUGCUCCUGGAGCCUAUUCUCCUGAGAAAGUUCGCCAAGAUCACAAUCCAGCAUUUUCUUUCGCCGGUCGCCAUGACCUCCAAAAGCCAAGUGAAACACCAGCUCCUGGAGAUUAUAGCCCUGAGAAAACUCGAUUGGACCAUACACCUUCUUACAGCUUUGGUGGCAGGAAUGAUCCCAAAGUUGAGAAUAAUACACCUGCACCCGGUGAUUAUCACCCAGAGAAUGUUCGAUUAGAUCACAAUCCGGCAUUUUCUUUCGCCGGUCGUCAUGACCUCCAAAAGCCAAGUGAAACACCAGCUCCUGGAGCAUACUCUCCUGAGAAAGUGCGUCAAGAUCACAAUCCAGCAUUCACAAUGGCUGGCAAGCAUGAUACGAAGAUCACAAAUGGCACACCAGCGCCUGGGGACUAUUCCCCUGAGAAGUCUCGAUUGGAUCAUACUCCCUCCUACACAUUUGGUGGCAGGAACGAGCCCAAAGUGGAGAAUCAUACACCUGCUCCUGGUGAUUAUCACCCAGAGUAUGUUCGGCUCGAUCACAUUCCCGCCUUCUCAUUUGCCGGUCGUCAUGAUCUGCACAGGCCAAGCGAAACUCCAGCUCCUGGAGCCUAUUCGCCUGAGAAAGUGCGUCAGGAUCACAACCCAGCAUUUUCGAUGGCCGGCAAGCAUGAUAUAAAGAUCACAAAUGGCACACCAGCGCCAGGGGAUUACUCGCCGGAGAAGACGCGACUGGAUCAUGCACCCGCUUACACAUUUGGUGGCAAAUAUGACCCCAAGGUGGACACCCAUCAGCCGGCGCCCGGCGACUAUGCGCCAGAGAAAGUACGCCUCGACCAUACACCCGCCUACACAAUUACAGGUCGGACGAUCAUCGAGCAUGUCAGCCAUACCCCGGCACCCUGUGACUACAGACCGGAGAACUGUCAGCUGGAUGGCACGCCCGCCUUCACCUUUGGCAUGAAGCUGAAACGGGAACAGAUCAGUGAUACUCCAGCACCCACUGCAUACGAACCGGAAAAGCACAAUACUCAGCACACACCAGCCUACACAUUUGGCACUAGAUCCGAGACCAAGGUCACCACCGAUACACCCGCUCCCGGACAUUAUCAUCCAGAGCAAUGCAAUCUCGACAGCUCGCCGGCAUUUAGUUUUGGUCUCAAGACAACACCUAUGCCCAUCAUUCGAGAAUCUAGAGGCGCUUACAUUGAAGAUCGCAUCUUGCAAAGACGUGAACGACGCUUGGCUAGUCCCGUACGCAACAAUAAUGACAACACCAAUGCAACCACAACAACAACCACCACAACAACCACUGAGACGCGCUUUGUGAAUGGCGUUCAGGUGCCAGUGCAGCAGGAGCAGGGUCAAGUGGAGACAAAGACAAUCGUAAAGCACACAACCACAAAUGGCACCACCACACCACACACACAGCUAGCACCAGUCCCAGCGGCAACAGCAACAACAACAACAACCACCACAAAGACAACAAAAGUCGUAAACAGCACAAAUGACAAUCAGAGCGAUCAAUCAAGAUUGAAGCACACCACCAUGCACCAUGUGGCAAAUGCACACGCCCAAAGGGGCAAUCUUCAAGUCACCGCCCAAGGCAAAGCGGAUGCCAGCACCACCAAAGCGGCAGCGGCAAGCACACGCACAGUGGUGCAAAGUGACGGUGCAAUUGUCACAAGUGCCAAAUCCAUCAAAUCGAGCACCGUCAAGUACGCUGUGGAGGCGAGCAGCGUGCAAGAGAAAAUAAUCAGCUCCUAACGUCUACAAGAUACCCACUGUCUUGGGCAGCAGCAAGGAGGGUCCCAUACGUUCAGCACCUG